AUGCUGUCAGAAGGGUAUCUCAGUGGACUCGCCUACUGGAAUGACAUCUACUGGAAUCACGCAUCUUAUAAUGAACAGGUGGCUGGGGAAAAGGAAGAGGAGACAACUUCUGUUGCUGCUCUUUCCUAUUCCUCUGUGGAUGAAGAGGAAGUCAGAAGUCUUUACGUGAGCUGCAAAUCCUCUGGCAAGUUUAUUUCUUCACUGCACUCAAGAGAAAACCAAUGCAACAGAAGUCAGAGAGUCACAGUGCUGCAGACAAACCAUAAUCCAGUGUUUGAAAGCCCAAACUUGGCUGCAGUUGAAAUAUGUAGAGACCUCCAUAGAGGGACCUACUUGGUUCCACCUUCCUGCAAAAGCAUUUGCAAGAAUUACAAUGACUUACAUAUUGCAGGGGGACAGGUGAUGGCCGUUAACUCAGUGAUGACAGAUUUUCCCUCUGAGAGCAGUUUUGAAUGUGGUCCUUUGCUGAAGUCAUCGGAGAUUCCUUUGCCCAUGGAAGAUUCCAUUUCCACUCAGCCCAGUGACUUUCCCCAAAAGCCUAUUCAGCGGUACUCAUCGUAUUGGAAAAUAACCAGCAUCAAAGAAAAAAGCAGUCUGCAAAUGCAGAAACCUAUUUCAAAUGCAGUGCUGAAUGAGUACUUGGAGCAGAAGGUGGUGGAGUUAUAUAAGCAGUACAUCAUGGAUGCCAUGUUUCAUGACAGUUCUCCUACCCAGAUUCUGGCAUCUGAACUCAUCAUGACAAGUGUGGACCAAAUUAGUCUUCAAGUGUCUAGAGAGAAGAACCUGGAGACCUCAAAAGCUAGGGAUUUAGUCAUUAGUCGCCUAUUACAGUUGGCAUCAACUGAGAUCAGUACACCUAGUCUUCACAUUUCACAGUACAGCAAUGUGAAUCCAUAG